GACAGCUCGCGUGACAGUUGUGGCCUGGCCAACUCACCCCACGGAAAAUAUACACAAGCUCAGCCCGAACUCAACACACAACAAUUUCCUGCAAAACUCACUUCACAAUGUACAGGAUGUGCAACCUGUCGAACCUGCUGAACUUCAUCAUCUGCAUAGCCAGCUUCAGCCAGAACUUCGAUGGAGCGCUGGCGGUCAAGAGGGGUCCACAUCAUCCAAGGGGCGAAACCAGGAGAGUGGACCAGCAUCUCACCCACGAGGAGCAUCGCAUCGAUGACGAUUUGAGGGACAUGGGCAUCCAGGCAAAUCUGGACGAUUUGAGUGAGGAGGAGAAAAUCUUCUAUAUGUUUAAGGCCCAUGACAAUGAUAACAACAAUGCGCUGGACGGGCUCGAAAUGAUUCAGUCUGCCAUGCAUCAUAACUAUGACUAUUUUAAAAACAACGAGCGGGAUGAGUACCUACAAAAUGCCACCGAUGAGCUGGAGCACUUUAUAGAGGCCAUUGAUAAAUUUCUGCUGAUUGCCGACGACAACAACGACGGCCUGCUGCAUUACCCAGAAUUUGUGAAGGCCAUCACCGGCGGCAAGGAGCAGCCGAAUGUGGACAGGAAUAUCCUGCGCUAAUCCCGCCCA